AUGGCGCAAAGCUUCAGCCAGCUCCCGGAGGACCUCCGACUGGUCAAAUCUGCCCAUGUCACAUAUAUCCAGAGCUUAGAUUCGAGAAAGGAUGAAUAUGAUUACUGGUUGACUGAGCACCUUCGGCUCAACGGGUUAUAUUGGGGGCUGACGUCCUUACACCUGCUUGGGCAACCCGACGCCCUCCCGCGCGCCGAGACCAUCGACUUUGUGCUAUCAUGCCAGCAUGAGACCGGCGGCUUCGGGGCGGCCCCCGGCCACGACGCACAUAUGCUUUCCACAGUUAGCGCCGUACAGAUCCUCGCCAUGGUUGACGCGUUCGACGAGUUAGAGACGCGAGGGAAGGGCAAAGCACAGGUGGGACAAUAUAUUUCUAAUCUUCAAAACCACGAGACAGGCACGUUUGCCGGUGACGAGUGGGGGGAAGAAGAUACCCGGUUCCUUUACGGUGCCUUGAAUGCGCUCUCGCUCCUCGGGUUGCUGGAGCUUGUUGACGUUGAUAAGGCAGUCCAGCAUGUUGCCGCAUGUGCCAACUUUGAUGGCGGCUACGGAGUGAGCCCUGGGGCUGAAUCCCACUCCGGCCAAAUAUUCACAUGCGUCGCCGCUCUGACGAUCGCCGGGAGGCAGGAUCUCAUAGACAAGGAACGCCUUGGGAGAUGGUUGAGCGAGAGGCAAAUUGCCGGCGGUGGCCUCAAUGGCCGGCCAGAAAAGAAGGAAGAUGUCUGCUACAGCUGGUGGGUUUUGAGCAGCCUAGAGAUGAUCGGGAAAACACACUGGAUCGACAAGGACCAGCUGGCCGCCUUCAUCCUCCGCUGUCAGGACCCCGAACGAGGCGGCAUCUCGGACAGGCCCGGUGAUAUGGUUGACGUAUGGCAUACCGUAUUUGGUCUUGCGGGACUGAGCUUACUCAAGUAUCCCGGACUCCAGCCCGUUGACGAAGUAUAUUGUAUGCCCAAGUCAACGACCGCACGGGUUCUGGGCCAUUGA